CGUUGGAGGAGGUGCAGCGUUCUGUGAGCCGAUAAGAAAGCUGGGACUCUGGAUGCGUAUUGAUCGUCACAGCACGGAGCCUCUUCCUCGACACCCUUGAUUGACCCGGAGGGGUACCCAAGAGGUGACAUUGAUGUGUACUCUAUACGGCAUGCGCGAGCUGGAAUGGCGAGACUCAAGACCGAUCUCAAGACUGUACAGGAUUUACUUGGCCCAGCUUUAGAGAACGCCUUCACCACUGGAACGAACAUGUCCGGCGGACCGCUGUCCGCAUCAAAUCCUGUACCGAACGGAAGUGCGAGUUCAAACGCGCACAGACCGAAUCAUCAGACGACUGACGACAUGCCUGAUGAAUGGCCAGAUACUCCGCUAGCAAGAGUCAACUCGGUCGCUCCUGGCAGUCCCGCAUUUCGAGCUGGUCUGCAAUCUCGUGACGUGAUAUACUCUUUUGGCAACGUCACUCAAGCUACGACCGGUGGAUUGCAAGCCGUCGGUACGCUGGUCGCGCAGUCAGAGGGUCAAACUCUGACAGUCUUGGUUGAACGAAAGAGCAAUUCAUCCAGUGAUGAGCAUCAGCCACAGCGACUCAGACUUCGACUGACACCCCAAUCUGGCUGGGGUGGACGUGGUUCACUCGGUUGUCAUAUUGUGCCAGUCUGAUUAACUCGGCCGGUCUAGGGAAAUGGGCGGGGGGCCGACUAACGAAAGCCAAACGCCCCUUUACGGCAUCUUGUUGGUUUUGGGUGGCGACAGAUUCGGCAAGUUUGACCGGAGAGAUAGACAGCAACAGAGGCGUAGGCUGCGUGGAUGCAUACAUUGGGAGGGGGGAAGAGGGACCCAUUCACAGUCUGCAUGAACCUAUCUAUCCAUA